AAUGUUGAGGAUGACAAUUUCCCGUUUCCCUCCGGUGUCGCCGGCUUCAUGGUGGUCUAUCACUUAUCAAAAUCCUUCCAUGGCAGCCGUCAAGCUCGUUCCGCCUUCCACCCUUUAUUACCCUCGUCGUUUCGCACUCUUCAUUUGUUCCGACUCACAAGCUACUUCCAACGUCGACUCCACUCACCUCUCUCUAGAAUCCUCAUCAAAACAGGGCACUUUGAAAUCCGGAUUAUACCUAGUAGGAACUCCAAUUGGAAAUCUCGAAGAUAUCACCUUGAGAGCUCUGCGUGUUUUAAGAUCAGCUGAUGUGAUACUUGCAGAGGACACGAGACAUUCAGGGAAAUUGCUUCACCAUUACAGUAUCAAAACUCCCCUUCUGAGCUAUCAUAAAUUCAAUGAGGCCCAAAGAGAGCAAUCAAUCUUGAAGAGAUUGAUUGAUGGUGAGAUUGUAGCACUCAUCAGUGAUGCUGGAACACCAGGCAUCAGCGAUCCUGGCUCCGAACUGGUGAAGUUGUGUGUGGAGGCAAAUAUUUCAGUCAUACCCAUACCAGGGCCUUGUGCUUUUGUAGCUGCUCUUUCAGCCUCGGGUCUGUCCACAAUCGAGUUUACAUUUGUUGGGUUUCUUCCCAAAAAUGCCAGUGCAAGAAGGGAGAGACUGAUGGUUUCUGCAAACGAAGCAGCCACCCAGAUAUUCUAUGUUCCUCCUCACAAACUUUCCCAAUUCCUUGAAGAGACUUCUUCCCUUUUUGGUGACUCGAGACGAUGUGUCAUGGCACGAGAGAUCACCAAAUUGCAUGAAGAGUUUUGGCGGGGUACUCUUGGGGAAGCCAAAGCAGCGUUCUUAGAUCGUCAGCCAAAGGGAGAAAUCACGUUUUUGAUUGAAGGCAAGGCGAUUUCUGAGGUCGAAACUCCUUCAGAGGCUCAGCUGGAGAAUGAAUUGGCUGACCUGAUCUUCAAUGGGCAUACACUUUCUACGGCGGUCAAAUUGGUGGCUGCAGGAACGUCAAUGAAGAGAAAAACGAUAUAUUCACUGGCAUUAAGAAAAUUCGGGAGGCAACAUGAUGCAAGGGAUGAUGUAGAUUGAUACAUAGGAUCUUGUGAGGUUCUGUAUCAUGCUUACCUGAUGCUGUUUUUGUUGUUAAGCAGUAGGGAGCUGGAGCUUAAUCUCUUGCAGACGCUGCUCUAUUCUAUAAAGUAGAGUUCAGAUUUGCGUACAACCCAACCCCAAACCCCACCUCUUGGUGAUAUAUAUUAAUAUAUCGGGUGGGUUUGGUUUGGUUUUUUGUUUGAUUUGCAAUUUUUGUUGUAGGGUUUAUGUACGUUUGCAGAUAGAAUGAAGCACCAAAGAAAGGAUUUCAAUUUUGGAUA